UAUUCUUUUGGAAACAUAUUUCUGUCUGACUCUGACCGCUUUCUCGUCUCCUCUUAUAACCCUAAAGCUGGGGUUUUAGCGGCACACUGUACAGCUCAGACUUAAGGGUUUAAAGCGGGGUUUUAAGCGAGACGCUUGUCUGAUAGCCGCCCUUCUCUCGCCAUUGACGCCGGUUUGCAUAGGACUGAAUAAGCCAAGUUUUCCACUGUUUUCUUCAACAACGAAGAGCGGACAAGGAGAGAUCCAUCUCUCAUCUGCACCUACCCGUCUCUACGGCUAGUCUCACCUCCACCGUCUCACCGUUGCCGUCGCCGUCUCAGCUGCCGAUUGCUGUUUUCUUCUAAACAGUUAUUGCGAAAGAGGGGAAAUCGGCCACAUUAAAAUUACCUUCUGGGGAGGUUUGUUUGCCUAAAGAAGUUAUAGUGGCAAACCGAUGGAUUCUUAUUCAUCUUCAGAUCCAAUGGACCUCAAAGUGAGGGAGCUCUUAAAAGAGGUCCAACUGGAUUACUCUCCUACAUUCACCAAGCUUGUUGACAACACGGUUUCAGCCAUUCAAGAGGCCAUCGAUAAAAUCCCUGAAGACCUCCAGAUUGAAGCGGAUUUAGCUCUGGGCUUUGUCAGAGACAUUGGAGCAGACAAAGUAGAAUUCAAGUUUAAGAAGCCAAAAUCAAUACAAAUUGGUGGGAGUUAUGCCAUAAAAUGCAUUGUAAAGCCUUACAUCAACGUGGAUCUCUUUGUUCGGUUGCCCAAGGAAUGUUUCCAUGAGAAAGACUAUUUGAAUUACCGAUACCAUGCCAAAAGAUGUCUUUACCUGUGCAUAAUUAAAAAGUAUUUGACAUCUUCUUCAUUAGUUCAUAAGGUUGAAUGGUCCACCCUACAGAAUGAGGCACGGAAACCUGUACUAAUAGUCCAUCCAGCUGCAAAAGUUGUUGAAAUUCCUGGAUUUUCUGUAAGAAUUAUUCCUAUAGCAACAUCCCUGUUUAACAUUUCAAAACUGAACCUGGAGCGAAAUAAUGUCCGUGCUUUGAAUCAAGGGGGCACUUCUUGUGCUACACCUAUAUAUAAUAGCAGUAUAUUGGAAGACAUGUUGAUAGAGGAUAAUGUGGAAUUUGUCAAUAAAAUUUUUCUUGGAUGGAAGGAAUUACGGGAAGCGUUGAUCCUGUUAAAGGUUUGGGCUCAGCAGCGAACUUCAAUAUAUGCUCAUGAUUGUUUGAAUGGAUUUCUACUUUCUGUUAUAUUGUCAUACCUCGUGAAUAAAAAACAGAUCAACAAGUCUAUGAAAGCACUGAAGAUAUUCCAUGUUACAUUGCGCUCCAUUGCAAAUUUAAAGUUUUGGGAAAACGGUCUUUACUUUCAGCAGGAGGAAAAAACUAUUUUAAAGUAUAAAGAAAUAUUUCCUGUUGUUAUAUGUGAUCAAUCUGCCAAUAUCAAUCUGGCAUUUCGAAUGACAGCCACUGGAUUCAGUGAGCUCCAAGAUGAGUCUGCUCUGGCACUUAAAUGCAUUGAGGAAUGUAGAGAUGGUGGAUUUGAGGAAAUUUUUAUGACUAGGGUUGACUAUCCUGCAAAAUAUGAUAAUUGCAUAAGAUUGAACUUGAAGGGAAACAGAGAGGUUUAUGCAUCGGGAUUUUGCUUGGAUAAUGAAUGUUGGAGGUUGUAUGAGCAGAAGGUGCAUAAUGUUCUAACUCAAGGACUCGGUGAUAGGGUGAAGUCUGUUCGUGUUACUUGGAGAAACACGCCUUCAGAAUGCAUUAUCGAAGAUGGCUUGUCAACAUUUAAUUCUGAGCCAUUGAUUAUUGGAAUUUCACUGAGCUCUUUAGAGAAGGCUUUUAGGUUGGUUGAUUAUGGGCCACAUCCUGAAAAUAAAGAGGAGGCUCUCAAAUACAGGAAGUUUUGGGGGGACAAGGCAGAGCUUAGGAGAUUCAAAGAUGGUAAAAUCACAGAGAGCACAGUUUGGAAAUGUGAGCAAUGGGAAAAACAUCUCAUUCUAAGAAGAAUUGCUGAGUAUGUGCUUCUGCGGCAUCUUUCUCUAUCGAAUGAGAAUAUCACAUAUAUUGUUGACCAACUUGAUUUCGCUUUGGUUCAUGGUGUGGGAGAUCCUAUAUCAUCUUCUGGAAGCUUGCUGAGUGCAUUUGAAGUUCUAUCAAAUCACCUACGACUUAUCCAAGAUAUACCCUUGAAGGUUUUUGCUGUGCAGCCUUUGGACUCAGCUUUCAGAUUUACAUCUGUCUUCCCACCUGAACCUCAUCCACUGGCUAAUAAAAAGGGUGGUGUUCUAAGACUACAUAAGUUCACGCCAUCUUGCAUUCAGCCUUUGGAAGUUUUGAUCCAGUUGGAAGGUUCUGGAAGCUGGCCAAUGGAUGAUGUAGCAAUCGAGAAAACAAAAUCUGCAUUUCUUCUUAAAAUUGGAGAGAGUCUCCAGAAAAAUUGGGGGAUGAUAUGUACUGCUACUGAGGAUAAUGUGGAUGUUUUUGUGUCUGGAUAUGCAUUUCGUCUUAAAAUUUUGCAUGAAAGAGGCCUCAGCUUGUUGAGGAAGGAAACUGGAAGUUAUCAAGUGAAGAGGGUCUCUUCUACUGACAAGGAACUUUUCUUUCGUGGUCAGCAUGCUAGCAUGAUUAAUGGAUUACAGCAUCGUUAUCCAAUAUAUGGGCCAGUUGUUAGGCUUGCAAAACGAUGGGUUGCUUCUCAUAUGUUAUCAGCGUGCUUGGUGGAGGAAGCAAUUGAGCUUGUGGUUGCAUAUCUUUUCCUUAAGCCUUUACCAUGUUCUGCUCCAUCCUCACGAAUCACUGGAUUUUUAAGGUUCCUGCGGCUGCUAUCCGACUAUAAUUGGACAUUUUCACCCUUAAUUGUAGACAUAAAUAAUGAUUUGAGUCCAGAAGAUGUGAAAGAGAUAAAUGACAACUUUAUGUUGAGUAGAAAAGAUUAUGAAGCAAAUGGACAAACUGUCAACUCACUGAUAUUCUUAGCUACAGCAUAUGACAAGUUGUCUGAAGCAUGGAGUAGAUACUCACCAAACUCAUCAGAGCUUAAAAGGCUGGUGGCUUAUGCUCAAAGUAGUGCAAACUUGUUGACAAAACUCAUAUUGGAGGAUCAUGUUGAUUCUUAUAGAUGGGAGUGCCUUUAUCGAACCCCUUUGAGUAACUUUGAUGCAGUGAUUCUUCUACAUAGGGAUAAAUUACCUUACCCCCAGCGUCUUCUUUUCCCAUCUGAACUAAACCAAGGGAUACGUGUGGCACAGGGAAAUGCUAGCGAAGCUUUUCAUCCGUUCCUGUUACCUGGAGACUUGAAACAAAGCUCAGAUGAACUAAGAAAUAAGUUAUUGAUAAAUUUUGAUCCAUUAAGGUGCUUUCUUGGGGAUCUAAAGGAAGAAUUCUCCAACACAUUCAAGAUUUGGUAUGAUUCUCUGGGUGGUGAUGCUGUUGGCCUAACAUGGGGUGCAUGUUCAAAGAAACGGGACCGGGAAGAAGCAAUUGAGGAAGUAAAAAAUCCUAUUGACAUGCUACGAGGAGUUGGUGAAAUUGGAAAAGGGUUUGUGAGAAGUAUUUAUUGUCUCAAAGCCCCGAGGCUAGCAGGAUAGUCGUUCAUAUUUUCAGAAGGUCCAAAUGUUCCAGGGUUGGGAAGUUUUUGCUAAUGAGUUAAUUGUAUCAUUUCGGUUCCAUUGGGGUAUCUGAACCCCAUCUUAACAGGUUACAACGCCACAGUUUUGAGGAGGUUUUUCCAUUCAAAUUUGGAUUUUUCGGAGAAGACACCUGUUAUGUCAUUUCACCAUUAUGGGUACCUUAAGCCUCUUUCUUCACAUAUAUAUAUAUAUAUAUAUAUUUUUUUUUUUUAGGUCCAAAAUGUAAUCAAGCACAUUUGGGAGCUUAGGGAGAAUUAGUAAAAUGUUCACUGAUAAAAUUUGCAGGUGAUUACAAAUCAAGCAAAAAAGGGGAACCUUUUGUAUAGUCUUACGACUGUUGCCAUAAGUUGAUGAUCUGAAAGUACGUUAUGAUUCUAAACUGGAAUGAGCCAGUGAGAUGUACAAGGGAAAUUAAAUAUUAUUUAAGUGUAGGAUGCAACUUUUUCAAGUCCAUGCAAAGAGUAAACCAUUGUUUUAUUUCUGUUGUAAACUUAAUAGUCGAUUCUGAUUUGAUAUUUAAAAUUCUCUUACUGUAUUUGAUCUUCA